AAGCAUCUUUUCCAUGUGAAGCUGGACUUUGCUCCUCUAGUUUUUGAUAAGACCACUUCAAUGGCAUUUGACGAUAGCAACUUGAACUCUAUGAGCAAAGAUACUGCAGAUUUAUACCAGAAUGAAUUAAAUUCAAGCCGGAGGGUUAGCCUUCCAACUGAACUCUUGAUGAGAACUGAUAAUUAUGAAAGAGGUCAUAGAAACUACAGGAACGUGGAGCAAAUACACUUAAGGCGCCCUAAGAAAAGACCUUCUAUUUUUAAAGCUUCUCCAGUUGGCAACGGAUACAUCAAACCACCAGCAACACCUGCGAGUAGCUUACAAGGUGACAGAGGACCACCAACCAUGAUGCCCAUAAAUGUUGACCCCGAUAUUAAAUCAGGCGAAUAUGUCUUAAAAAGUGUAUUUGCCAACUUUACUACUCAAGCUGAAAGAAAGAUUCGUAUUAUUAUGGCCGAACCAUUGGAAAAGCCAUUGACAAAAUCCUUGCAAAGGGGAGAAGACUUGCAGUUUGAUCAGUUGAUCAGCUCUAUGAGUUCACUUGCAGAGUACUGCCUACCCUCUGUACUGCGCACACUUUUUGAUUGGUAUAAAAGACAAAAUGGUACAGAAGAUGAAUCCCAUGAAUAUCGACCCAGAACAAGCGCAAAGUCAAAGAGUGAUGAACAACAAAGGGAUUAUCUUCUAGAGAGAAGGGAUCUUGCAAUUGAUUUUAUUUUUUCUCUGGUAUUAAUUGAAGUUUUAAAGCAACUUUCACUUCAUCCUGUACCAGACAACUUGGUCCAAGAAGUUAUUAACUUGGCAUUCAAGCACUUCAAAUAUAAGGAGGGUUAUCUUGGUCCCAACACUGGAAACAUGCAUAUUAUAGACGAUUUAUAUGCAGAAGUAAUAGGUGUUCUGGCACAAUCAAAAUUUCCUGCUGUGAAAAAGAAAUUUAUGUCAGAACUUAAGGAACUACGUCAGAAAGAACAGAAUCCCUAUGUAGUUCAAAGCAGUAUUAGUCUCAUAAUGGGUAUGAAAUUCUUUCGAAUUAAGAUGUAUCCUGUGGAGGAUUUUGAAGCCUCUUUCCAAUUUAUGCAGGAAUGUGCACAGUAUUUUUUGGAUGUUAAGGACAAAGACAUUAGACAUGCACUGGCUGGCCUUUUUGUAGAAAUUCUAUUUCCAGUGGCUGCAGCUGUCAAGAAUGAAGUUAAUGUACCAUGUCUUCGAAACUUUGUGGAGAGUCUCUAUGACACAACUCUGGAAUUAUCAACACGCAAAAAACAUUCACUGGCUUUAUUCCCUUUGGUAACCUGCCUUCUCUGUGUCAGCCAGAAACAAUUCUUCCUUGUUCGAUGGCAUAUCUUCCUGAACAAUUGUUUAUCCAAUCUCAAAAAUAAGGAUCCUAAAAUGGCUCGUGUUGCACUUGAAUCGUUAUACAGACUAUUGUGGGUCUACAUGAUAAGGAUCAAAUGUGAAAGCAAUAAUGUUACACAGAGUCGACUUGGAAGCAUUACAACUACACUUUUUCCCAAAGGAUCUCGCAGCGUGGUGCCCAGGGAUAUGCCUCUCAACAUUUUUGUGAAAAUCAUACAAUUCAUUGCUCAGGAGCGAUUAGAUUUUGCUAUGAAAGAAAUCAUAUUUGACCUUCUUAGUGUUGGAAAGUCACCAAAGACCUUCAGUCUGAAUCCUGAGAGAAUGAAUAUUGGUUUGAGAGCUUUCCUUGUGAUUGCUGACAACCUGCAACAGAAGGAUGGGGAGCCUCCAAUGCCUAACACAGGAGCUGUACUCCCUUCUGGAAACACACUCAGAGUGAAGAAGACUUAUUUGAGUAAAACCUUGACCGAAGAAGAAGCAAAAAUGAUAGGAAUAUCUUUGUACUACCCACAACUAAGAAAAGCACUAGAUAGCAUCUUAAGGCACCUUGACAAAGAAGUUGGUCGUUGUAUGAUGUUGACCAAUACGCAAAUAUUGAACAAAGAGCCUGAAGACAUGAUCACGGGUGAAAGGAAACCAAAAAUUGACCUUUUCAGGACCAGUGUAGCUGCCAUUCCACGAAUAAUACCAGAUGGAAUGUCAAAGCUAGAAUUGAUCGACUUAUUGUCAAGGCUAACCAUCCACAUGGAUGAUGAACUUCGCCACAUUGCACAAAACUCUCUUCAGAGUCUUCUUCUUGAUUUUGCUGACUGGAGGGAAGAUGUGUUAUUUGGUUUCACUAACUUUCUGCUUCGUGAGGUGAAUGACACUCAACAGAAUCUUCUUGAUAGCUCCUUAAAAUUAUUGGUACAUUUGCUCACUCAGUGGAAACUUGCAAUUCAGACUCAAAGCAAAGGCCAAGAUCAAACCAAAUUAAGGACUUCGGAGCUCCAACAGGAAAGGAGUCCUCAUUCAAAUGUGCUACAUGCUGUGGAAGGAUUUGCCCUUGUUUUACUUUGUAGCUGUCAGAUUGCAACACGAAAGUUGGCUGUUUCUAUCCUGAAGGAAGUUCGUGCUUUGUUUUCUGCUUUAGGACAAUCUGAGGAUGAUGAUAGACCAAUGAUUGAAGUUAUGGAUCAAUUGAGUUCAUCAAUUCUGGAGAGUUUUAUUCAUGUGGCAGCUUCAGAUUCAACUGCCUUAGCCUUUGGACACAAUGGGGAUUUACAGUGGCUGGUAGAAUGGAAUGCAAUUUUGGUUAAUAGCCAUUAUGAUGUAAAGAGUCCUUCUCAUGUCUGGAUAUUUGCACAGUCCGUGAAAGAUCCUUGGGUUCUGUGCCUCUUCAGCUUCCUCAGACUGGAGAAUCUUCUAAAGCAUUGCCCUACUGCACUUAGUUACGCUUGGCCAUAUGCCUUUACCAGAUUGCAGUUGUUGAUGCCACACAUUGAUCCUAAUAGUCCUAUGUACACAAAAAAAGUGAGCACAGUUAGUGUUGGAGACAAUUAUGUGACCCUUUGGAGAAACUAUCUUAUUCUUUGCUUUGGAGUUGCGAAACCCAGUAUCAUGAGCCCUGGUCACCUGAGAGCUUCAACUCCAGAAAUUAUGGCUACAACUCCUGAUGGUAGCUAUAGCUAUGAUAACAAGGUCAUAGGAACGCCAUCUGUAGCAGUAUUGUUAAAACAACUGGUUCCUUUGAUGCGUGCUGAAAGCAUAGAAAUUACAGAAUCACUGGUACUGGGAUUUGGAAGGACAAAUUCACUUGUGUUCAGAGAGUUAGUUGAAGAACUACAUCCCUUAAUGAAGGAAGCUCUUGAACGCCGACCAGAGAACAAGAAACGUCGUGAACGUCGAGAUUUAUUACGACUACAACUAUUGAGGAUAUUUGAACUUCUGGCUGAUGCUGGCGUUAUAAGUGACCAUACUAAUGGAGCUUUAGAACGAGAUACUUUGGCACUGGGAGCCCUGUUCUUAGAGUAUGUUGAUUUAACCAGGAUGCUAUUGGAAGCAGAAAAUGACAAAGAUGUUGAAAUUCUAAAAGACAUACGAGCACAUUUUAGUGCAAUGGUAGCCAAUUUGAUCCAGUGUGUUCCAGUACAUCACCGUCGAUUCCUAUUCCCACAACAGAGUUUACGUCAUCAUCUUUUCAUCUUGUUCAGCCAGUGGGCAGGGCCUUUUAGUGUCAUGUUUACUCCUCUGGAUCGUUAUAGUGACAGAAACCAUCAAAUUACAAGAUACCAGUAUUGUGCUUUGAAGGCAAUGUCAGCUGUACUGUGUUGUGGCCCAGUGUUUGAUAAUGUAGGUCUCUCUCCUGAUGGCUACCUUUAUAAAUGGCUGGACAAUAUUUUGGCAUGUCAUGAUCUGCGGGUCCACCAGCUUGGCUGUGAAGUUGUGAUAUUACUGCUGGAGCUAAAUCCAGACCAAGUAAACCUUUUUAAUUGGGCUGUAGAUCGUUGCUAUACAGGAUCUCACCAGUUGGCAUCAGGGUGUUUCAAAGCCAUUGCUACUGUAUGUGGAAGCAGGAACUAUCCGUGUGAUAUUGUGACACUGUUGAACCUGGUGCUCUUUAAAGCUUCUGAUACAGACAGAGAUAUUUACGAAAUAUCAAUGCAGCUGUUACAGAUUUUGGAAGCAAAAUUAUUCCUGUAUUCCAAAAAGGUGGCUGAACAAAAACCUGAUAGUAUUCUGUUUGGAACGCAUGGACCAUUACCUCACCUAUAUUCGGUAUCAUUGUCUCAACUGUCAAAUGAAUUAGCAAGGAUGUAUCCUGAGCUUACACUUCCUAUGUUUUCAGGUAUUCUCAUGAACAUUGAAAUUAGAGUUGGUUCAAUAGUGAUUUGUGGGAUCAGAUUGUACAAUUUUCUUGCUUUUUUGGAGACUCCCGUGAUUGGAAGAAAUUAUGAUGAUCUUCAUGGUCCAUCUGGGAGGGAUGGAAAACCGAGGACAAUAGCUGUCACUCGAAGCACUUCAUCUACCUCAUCGAGCUCUAAUUCAAAUGUUUUGGUCCCUGUGAGCUGGAAGAGACCCCAGUUCUCCCAGAAAAGAACACGAGAAAAAUUGGUGAACGUUCUUACGUUGUGUGGUCAGGAUGUAGGCCUAACCAAAAAUCCUUCUGUUAUUUUCUCCUCAAGCGGAGAUCUUGAUCUUAUUGAACAUCAGGCAAGUUUAGUGUCAUCAUCAGAAGAUGGUCAAAGGGAGCAAGAAAAUAUGGAUGACACAACAAGUGAACAACAGUUCAGAGUUUUUAGAGAUUUUGACUUCCUGGAUGUGGAACUGGAGGAUGGAGAGGAACUUCAGGGUGAGAGUAUGGAUACCUUUAAUUGGGGAGUACGGAGGCGUUCUCUUGACAGUCUAGACAAGGGAGAUAUGCAGCUUCUAGAGGAGAGCCAGCUUUCAGGAAGCACACCCAGUCUAAGUAAAAUUAAUCAUGAAGAUUCAGAUGAGUCCUCUGAAGAGGAUGCGCUUACAGCUAGUCAAAUUCUGACACGAUCACAACUAAUAAUGAAUUUUGUACCUAAUGAAGACACAAGUCACGUGGAUUCACUAUCAACUUCGGGUGACACAGCCUCUGCAGAUCCACUUUCAGUUAGCACGAGGACUCCUAGUCUGGAGGUUUCUCUGGCUGAUGAAACAAACCAGCAGGUGGCAGGGAGAUCAAAGGAGAUUGAAUUCAUGACUGAGGAAGAUGAACUUUCUGGAUCUACAAGUGAACUUCCGUCAGCUCUUGAGGGCAAUGAUAGCUUCAGCCUUGAAAUUACAGAGCCAGAAGAAAAGGGUGAUGGAGAUGUUGAUCAGCUGGGGCUGUCAAGCUUUGCUGAAGGAGACAGGGAUGGGCUUCAUGAUCUUCACUCAUCACCCCCUCCCUCGCCUUUCUUUUCUGCAAUACUUGCAGCUUUUCAGCCUAAAGCAUGUGACGAUGCAGAAGAAGCAUGGCGCACCCAUAUAAAUCAACUGAUGUCUGAUUCUGAUGGUUCCUGUGCAGUCCAUACUUUUCAUGUUUUCUCUUCCCUGUUCCAGUGCAUUCAGAAGAAAUUCUGUUCCCUAACCUGGGAUGCUGCAAGUUUCCUUGGGGACAGUCUGCGAGGAAUAGGAUCAAAAUUUAUGAGUUCUUCAGAGGUACUCACCUCGUGCUCAGAUUGUCCCACGGUUUUUCUAGAUGCUGAAACUCUGAUUUCUUGUGGGCUUCUCGAAAGACUGAAGUUCAAUGUCUUGGAACUACAAGAAUAUUUGGACACAUACAACAACAAGAAAGAAGCUGCGCAACUGUGGCUGGCAAAUUGUAAAGCAUCAUUUCCUGGAACUGUGGGAGAUACAGUGAUUACAAACCAGCCAGGGGACUCAGAAGAAAAGCAAAUGGAAUCCCUUGCACAACUUGAGUUGUGUCAAAGACUCUACAAGCUCCACUUUCAGCUUUUGCUGCUGUUCCAAUCCUACUACAAACUAAUUGGACAGAUCCACGUUGUCAGUUCAAUGCCAGAGCUGCUGAAUAUGUCAAAAGAACUGAAUGAUUUGAGGGACAAUUUGAAGGAAGCUUCAGCUCUAAUAGCCGUUGAACCCCUUAAAGAUGAACUCAGUUUACGUGGCCUCACAAAUAUCUCCUCUGAAGCUGCAGUUCAGACCAUGCUGGAGUGCCUGAAAAACAGGGAUCUUACAACUGCCCUGCGGCAAAUCAGGGAUUGCAGGACCAUAUGGCCCAACAAUAUAUUUGGCAGUAAUGUGGAAGAUGAGGUCCAGACACUACUUAGUAUUUACUUCAGACACCAAACUUUGGGACAAACAGGAACAUUUGCACUGCUGAGCUCCAAUCACGAUCUGUCAGAAAUCAGUUCGAAGUUAAUGGAGCUGAAUGGAGAGAUUCAGGACAUGAUUCAGAAGGCUCAGAAUUAUCGUGUCAUCAGUACUUAUCUUCCAGAUACUAGCACUAGUCUCUGACAGGAGGGUCCUCCUUCCCUUUUGUUCACGAUUGGAAAUGCUGCAAUGCUGGUCUGACAUCCUUCGGUAUCUUUUCCAUCUUAGAAAAGCUUGACCAGGCUGUUCUCACGUUAGUGACACUUCACAGCUUCACUAAACUUAAGUGGAAAGCUUUUAAAAUGUGCAGCAAUAUCAAAAGAUCAAAAGUAAAGUAAAACACCCAAUCAGAUGUGGAAAUAGCUUAUUUUCAAAGCAGAUAUUUAUUCUUACUUUGGUUAAUAUGACAUGACCCAAGAUCACAUUAACUGAGGAUACCAAAGGCUAUCACACACAUCAUUCUUCCGAAAGAAUCAUUUUGACAAAGAUGUAAUUUUACUUUAAGAUGUCAACAACUGAUGCUAUUGCCACACAAUGGUUGAAAAUUGUAUGCUAUUAAGAAUAUAAGUAAGUGUGUGGUUUGUAGCGACUGGCUUAAGAAAUAAGUUAUUAGCAGGCAACAUGAAGCUGUAUGCAACGCACUAGGAAGCAGUUUUGUUGAGCUGAAAGCCUAUGUUUCAACCUUUUAUAAAUGCUAAAAAAUUUAUUGUAUGUCUAGAACAGGAACAUAAUUACUACAUCAAUACUUGUUCACAUUGAGCUGCUGUAAAGCACAUUUUUGUUAGAAAAAUGGCACUUAGUUGUUGUCUAAGAGUGUUUUAUUGGGCCAUCCAAAAGGAUUUGUACUGUAUUUGAAAUACCAUGAAUAGUUCAGAUGAGAAAUAUUUGGGAACCAGCUGCUUUUUCUACUAGAUGGAAGCUUUUAUGGAUUUAUUUAUAAGUAGUUGUUUGGUAGUACAGAACUUGAGUAUCGCUGAAGACAAGACACUAUCAAAACUUUCCAUCUUGCACUCAUCAGAACAAUUCACAAGGGUGUACCGAUCAAAGGAGAAAACCAACAUUUAUGUGCAUGGGGCUAGAGUGCUAAUUGGUUCAUAGAAUACAUAGUGUGGAAGCAAGCCGUUCGGCUCAUUGAGUCCACACUGAACCUCCAAAAAGCAUCUUACUGCCCUACCAUAAUCCUGUAACCUGGCAUUUUCCAUGGCUGAUCCACCUAGCCUGCACAUCCCUGGAAACUAUGGGCAAUUUAGCAUGGCUAAUAUGUGGAUUCUGAGUGAGAGAUGUUGCUGUGGAGAAUGCACCCAUUAAUGUUGAUUGUCAAUUAACUGUCAGGCUUUAAGUCUUAAAUGAGGUAGCACUCAUUUUGCAGUAUAAAGUUUGGUUUUCCCAUUGAAAUGGUAUCCUUGUAGAUUGUCCUGAUUAGUACAAGACAAAGAAGCUUCAACAAAACUUAUUUAUAAAUAGAAAAUGCUGCUUUUACCAGUUUUGUAGAUGAGGCUAAGAUUUUCACACCCUAUUAGUCUAUGCCUGCUGAUCUGCCAAGCAUGCACAUUUAUAUGUAAAACAAAUUCUAUUGAAAUAUUUUGAAAAUCAAGUCUAUGCUUUAACUUUUUAAAUUAAGCACAUAUAGCUCUGAAUUUGUAAUCUGGGGGAUUUUGGGGGGGUGGGUAGGAAGGGUCUGAUAGUAAGAUUUCUUCUCAUGUUUGAAAAACAUAUUCAGAAGCUAUACAACUUUUUGUUUUGCAUGUAAAAAACCUUCUUGCACAUUUAAUAGCAUUUUCAAAUUAUCCAUAACUUAUUUAAUUGUAAAAACAAAUAGCUAAUGAAGUAUUUUAGAUUUUUCUGUAAAUUCAUGGGCUGUAUGUACAAUUGCAAUAUCAUUAACCAUGUUCAGUGAUGUAAUUCUUUGUGGAAAAGUGAACUUUUAUUUGAUGCUUUCCAUUGCACUUACACUUCAACAGGUUCCUCAAAACCACCAGUAAAAUGUGUCAGGUUCUGAAUUUAGCUGCUUUUCUAUUAUAUCAUUAUUGAAACUCAGCUUCCUAAUUCAGAUGGGUAGGAUAGGAAAUCUGAAUGGUACAGAAUUCUUUGAACUGUAAUUGGAGAAAAAAAUAGGAUGCAUUUAUCCUAAUCUGGAUUAUAUCCUAUUAAACUUUGCAUUAUAAAAUCA